ACAAAGAGUGUUGCAUGCCUGAUCAGUAAGGCAAAUCCAAAGAUCAGCAGUGAGAAGAAGAGAUGCAAACUGACACAGUGGAAUGUGCCUCAGAUAUGAUCUCACUCACUUGCGGGGAGGGGUCCAAACAUACAAAAAGAUCUUUGCUAGAUCACACACAGGUGAAAGGUGCAGAAGCAUGGAAGAAGAAGAAGAAGAAGAAGGAGAUGGGGAAGGAGGAGGAGAAGGAGAAGGAGGAGGAGGAGGAGGAGAAGGAGAAGCAGGAUGAGGAGGAGAAGGAGAAGGAGGAGGAGAAGGAGGAGCAGGAGGAGAAGGAGGAGGAGAAGGAGAAGGAGGAGGAGCAGGAGGAGCAGGAGGAGAAGGAGGAGGAGAAGGAGGAGAAGGAGAAGGAGGAUAAGAAGGAGAAGGAGGAGGAGGAGAAAGGAGGAGGAGAAGAAGAAGAAGAAGAAGAAGAAGAAGAAGAAGAAGAAGAAGAAGAGGACGAAGAAGAAUAGGAUGAAGAAGAAGAGGAGGAAGAAGAGGAGGAGGAGGAAGAGGAGGAGGAAGACGAGGAGGAAGAAGAGGAGGAGGAGGAAGAGGAGGAAGAAGAAGAAGAAGAAGAAUGUGACGGGGCUGAGGCAGAGCAGCGAGGUCAGGAAAGAGAGAGGGGGGGAAUGAGAGCACACACACACACACUCACUCAACUCGACACGGACUCGA